CGUCGCCGCCGCCGAGGCUGCAGACACCUUGUGGGGGGAGAUCCCAAACUUCCACUGACGUAGAUAGCGGCAGGGAUCUUGAAGAAUGGCUGGCUGGCACGAAAUUUCCCCGUCGUUACAGGGCGAAAUACUUCCAAGGACCGUCGCACUCAUGCGCCGGAGACCUUCUCGUCGCACUCAUAAGGACCGGCCGGAGUCUUCUCGUGCGCCCAACCACCCCAUUCUUAUCCAGCGUCCUCUCUCCAGAACUCCAGAUCCGUUCAUCGCCGGCUUCCGGCCGUCGCUGUCGGCCUCUCCACUGAGUGCUGCUGUCCGUGGAGGAGGAUUAUGAAGACGGCCAUAGAGGCACUGCAAAGUCUGCAAUGGAUUCUCUCGGCCGGGACCAACAUCGUCGAAGCGAUCCAACUGAACAACGAGCUGGAGCGCCUCCGAGACACCUUGCCCAAGGCUCGCGUGCUCAUCUGUCGCAGCGAGUGGGGCAUGUUCAAGGACAAGGAGCUGGCGAAGCUUGUCUCGCGUCUCAAGGACACCACGUACGAUGCAGAGGAUCUUCUCCGCGAGCUGGAUGACCAGGUGUUGCGGAAAAGAAUAGAGGACGCUGACCGGAGCAGAGCAGGUCAACUCUUAUCUUCCUCUCUUAAUCUUGCAAAAACUUUGGUCCGCCGUAGCAAAACAAGGAUAAGGGAGACACAAGAUAGGCUUGAAAAGGUUGUGGCUGAGAUCGAGGGGAUGCUCAAUCUUAUGGGUCUUAUGAGUGUUGAGCCAUCGCAGAUCAUGCCGGAGACAAGCUCGGUCAUCAGCGCUCCGGAAGUUGUUGGUCGUGACGGUGAACGAGAUGCUUUGGCCGAGAUGCUUGGUGUGAUGAUUGGGCGUGAGGUCCCACGGGAUCAGGUGAUCAAACUAUUGGGAGUGCCACUCACUGGGAACAGAGGUGGUACUGGUAGAAUUGCAGGGUCUAAUGGGAAGAGAGCAGCAGCAAGCAAUGGUGUUGCAUCUACAUCCAGAGCCAAGCAACCAAAAGGAAACGGUGGCAGGGCUGGACUUGCUGAAACUAAGUGCACCAACAAUGUUUCUGUCAUCUCGAUUGUCGGCAUUGGUGGGGUGGGGAAGACUACCCUGGCUCAGUUCAUCUACAAUGAUCCAAGGGUGAAACACCACUUUGGUGUCAUGAUAUGGGUAUGUGUCUCAGACUUCUUUGACAAGAGAAGGAUAACAAAGGAGAUCAUUGAAUCCAUCCCUGGUGAGGAAUACAACUCAUCGAGCAGUCUAAAUGCUCUUCAAAUUGAAUUGAUGAAGCGGCUGAAGACGUGCCCAAAAUUCCUUUUGGUGUUGGAUGACAUUUGGCCAAACGCUAAUGCUGAUUGGGAGGCGUUUUAUGCACCAUUGAAGUAUGGUCCUAAAGGCAGCAUGAUCUUAGUGACUACAAGAUCUCCAGUGGUUGCUACUCGUGUCACCACAAGCAACUGUAAGCCUGUCCAACUUGAAGGAUUGCCUACUGAUAUAUUGUGGGACUUCUUCAAAAAGUGUGCAUUUGGUACAAAUGACCCAGAGUCAUAUUCUCAAUUGCAAGAUAUUGCUCGGAGCAUUUCUACUAGGUUGUGUGGGUCGCCUUUGGCAGCAAAAACACUGGGACGCUUGUUGAAUAUGAGCCUGACAGAACGACACUGGAGGGCUAUCCAGAAGAGUGAACUGUGGGAGCUACGGCAUGAAGAGAAUGAGAUAUUACCAGCCCUUCAACUGAGCUAUUUGUAUCUCCCAGAAGAGGUUAAGAGAUGUUUUGUAUUUUGCUCCAUGUUUCCGAAAGAUUAUAGCUUUGAAAGAGAGGAGAUAGUUGACAUUUGGGUGGCACAGGGCUUUGUGGCGCCAGGGGGAAGCAUACGUCCUGAAGAUGUGGGGAUUACUUACUUGGAUGAAUUGAGGAACAGAUUUCUUUUCCAAACUGAUCCGAUGUUCCCGAAUAAAACAAGAUACGUAAUGCACGAUCUGAUCCAUGAUAUGGCAGUGUCCUUUUCUAUGGAUGAAUGCUUGGUGAUGCAAGAUUUAAGAAACCAGAACAAGAGCAGAAUGCAGAAUACAGUUCGUCACAUGUCAAUCGAGGUGGAUGGUGAAUCCUUGAGCAGAAUGGGAGACAUUCAACAUUUGAAUAAAUUGCACUCACUUAGGUUUGGAAUCAGAUUUGAUGUUGAAAUAACCUGGUUUAAUCAACUUUCCAACAUUCUAUUUUUGAGCCUAAAAGGUUGCAAGCUGGUAAAGCUACCCGAUAGCAUAUGUGAGUUGAAUAGUCUUCGUUAUCUUGAUAUAUCUCAUAGCAAUGUGCAAGAAUUACCCGAGAAACUCUGGUGCCUCUACAGCCUACAAGUUUUUGAUGCAAGUCGUUCACGUCUGAAAAAAAUUCAUCAGGACGUAACAAAGCUAAUUAACUUGCGUCAGCUAGUUCUGCCAGCAGAAGCCUCUCGUGCCUUGUCAAGGGUAAGUGGGCUUGGAAAUCUGUCUUGUCUACGAAGGUUGAGUAAUUUUAUAGUUGCAAAAAAGAAUGGACGGGGAAUUGGUGAGCUGAAGUUCAUGAAUCAGCUCAGUGGAAAGCUUUCUAUCAGAUAUCUUUACACUGUUAGGAGCGAGGAAGAGGCUCUUGAGGCUAGACUUGUUGAAAAGCAAUACCUCAAGGAACUUGUUCUACAUUUUCGAGACUUUGGUCCUAUUCUGCCGUGCAGUACUGAGAAUGGAGUGCUUGAAGGCUUGCGUCCUCAUUCAAGAAUUGAAUGCCUUAAAGUCCAUGGCUUUUGUGGUGAUAGGUUUCCAAGCUGGUUUAAGCCAGAAGACCUACCAACUUUAAUAACCCUGGAGCUUUCCGAGUGCUGGCACAUCAGUUCACGAAUCCCCUUCUUUGCUGACGGAACACAAGUUGGUUUAAGGGGUGAUGAUGGAACGCAGCAUGCAGCCGGCAGCAUCAGUCGCAGCAAUGGCAUUGCGCCGUUUGCCUUUUCACGCCUCACUGAUUUACGUGUUUACAGAUGCGUGUGGCUGACAAAUCUUGAGCAGUUCUUGACCCCAGAGAAACUGCCAUCCAUCAAGUCGAUAGUACUUGACACAUGUUCGAGUCUAACAUCAAUACCGUUCCACAGUUUUGUGGGAUUUGUUUGCCUACGGGACCUGAAAAUCUAUUAUUGUGAGGAGCUGGAGUGCCCACAGGAAAUGGUUUUGCCCCCCUCUCUCCAGCGACUCUGCAUAGGGUACUGCGGUGAGCUGGAAAGGUCAUUUCCAGCCUGCCUAGAGAACCUCACCUCUCUCACCCUCCUGCAGUUGGAUGGUUGUCACAACAUCAAGUGCAUCUCGUUGAACUCGAUUGGCUCAAACAUGCUCAAAUGCCUGGUUAUACAUGACUGCCGGGAGUUGUCAUCCAUCGGAGGAUUGCAAAGCCUUGUAUCCAUACAGCAUGUCGAUCUACAUUACUGCCCUAAGCUUACCGAGGUACAACUGCCCUUCGAGAAGAAGGAACUGCGGACCAAGGAGGGGAAGGAACUGCUCAAUUUUCUUUCGCCCUGCAAAGGGAACCAAACGCCCAGAGGGUGCUCGCAGUCUGCCCAUUGUGACAGCGGCAAAUUAAGGGUGCUCCAGAUGACUGGGUGGAUCUCAAGUUGCAAGUGGCAGUCAAGACCAGGCUUGUAGGGAUACUAAUGGCCAUCAUGCCUGCGCUUAUUAAGGCUUUGAUUCAAGGACGACAAGUGGUUGUUGCCCCUUUCAAGACGGAAUCAACGUCCGUGAAGGGCCAAUCGAUGCUGAAACUGCAGCUUUUCAGCUUGUGUGGACGACUGCGUCAGUUUCUUGGAGACUGUACUGUACGCCACCAAGCACAUUUAAAGGAUGCUGCCUGUCUACGAUCGAGAAACUGAAGAAGCCUGCUGUGGUCGCGAGCUGCACUUGAUUAUAGCCAGUAAGCGUUCUACUAAAUACCUGCUCAGAGUCCAAGUGUUUAGUUACAAUGCACGGCAUUUGUGAUAGGAGGAAAGUAUUGAUGUUUUGUUUCUACUAGAGUUAAUCAGCCUAUCUUGGUAUGGGAACCACGAGAUAGAAAUGACUCGUACAGAUAGCAUAUGUGGUCAGCUUAUCUUUCUUCAGUUAAAUCAUAUAUAAUUCUUGAACUGCUCGUAUAACCAACAAAUUCUUCAGUCCAUGCAUCCAAUUAAAUGUCCUCUGGGUGCUCCUACUUCACCAUGGAGCAAGAUUUUUGCACACGUCUGCAACAAACUAUGUGUGCAGUCUUCAUUGAUGCCUUUGCUAGAUUAGGAGCAAGGUAUCAUGCCCAUAUUAAUUCGGUUUCCCUACAUCUUUAUCAUAUCAAGGUAUUAGUAGCAUGGAUGUUGCGUGCAGUUCAUUUCAACAGAACUUUCAUAUUUGAACAUAGCAGCCACAAAGUCUCCGGGUACGUGCGAAAAUCCGCCACAGCCUACUCUGGUGAUCUCUCCGUGCUUAAUUUCCUCUAAUUGCUGGACAUGGUGCAGUCUGUCUUAGGAACAUGGUACUAUAACUGCUGUGUACAAACAGGCUGAUGAUGUCCCACUACUUCCUCUCUAGUGCUCAACAAAUCAAAGUAGAAACAUAACUGCAUGAUGAAGUUUCAUAUGGAAAAGUUGUGACAAUGAAGCAACCAUUCACAUGGAAAUGAACAGACCAGCUCAGUUUCCGUAGUGAUCAGUCGAAAAACAAUUCCCUGGAAAUGCGCGCCUAAGCGUAACAGCAAGUUCAGGCCAUUCAACCCUCCUCCAGUGCUAUAUAUACAAGGUGGAGGAGGGCCAGUUGAGCGCCAGAAGCACCAGCAGAAGCUCCAGUGUUAUUCCCUGAAUAAGCCAUCCAUCUCUCGGUUUGAAUCGAAGAAUGGAGGGGAAGACGACGAGGGCGGCGGUUCUUGCCGCCAGCCUGCUCGUCCUGCUGCUGUCAGGCCAGCCGGCGCCAGUGUCCGGGUCCGUCAUGUCAAGUACAAGUACUGCAAGUGCUUCCGGAAGUGCUACACUCCCUGCAGGAACAACGACCACCAGCCUAGGCCGGUUUGCAAGAUCAGAUGCGGCGGCAAAUGCAUCUUUCACCACGAGGUGACCGCAGCCUCGGCGGCGGCGACGGGGCAUGCAGAGAGAUCUGCCUGGCAUCCGUCGGCUGCAGCACGGACGCCGCCGCAAUGGUGGCGCCAUGGCUGCAGGGCUGACCGACGCCGACGUGGCGGCUUGCGUCGGUGGCUGCACGGGCUACUACGGGAGGCUGAAGGCCAAGCGCGUCUAGGAACUGCUGAUCGAGAGGUUGAUGCCUGAACUGCGACGGCCAGUUUGAUUAAAUAAAUAAAUGUAAUAGUGCGGCCUUCCUUUGAGAUGUCUGGUUCUGAACCAGUUUGAUAUGCUUGUAAUUGUUAGUUACUGAAUAUAAAAUAACACGUCUUCUACGUGAUCGAUACUAUUCAAGAUCAGGAGCCAGAUUCAUUACAACAUUGUUAAAUUUUACAUACGGGGGAUGUUUUAUGAAUGAUUUCAGAUGGAACGAUUUCUCGGCA